ACAGCGAUUGGUUACAGGGGUUGCCUGUCAACCUAUUGUGACGUCCGCGCUGGUGGAGCGCGGUGUAGCGAGUUUUCUGUCAGUUUCAGAUUGUUACACAAUUUCCAGGUGAUUCUGGUCACGGUUUUAAAAAGUAUACUCUUUACAACUGUGUUUUUCCCCCCCAGUAAUUUCUCAGGGGGCUGUAGCCUGUAGAGGUGCUAUAGGGUGGGGAAUAGUCUGGACGACAGCGCUGAGUAUGGCCCUGAGGCAAGCAGCUCGGAGCUUCUUGAGAACCGCCAGGCGCACGGCCACCGUCAGCAUCUUGAGGACACAGGGGACGGCGAAAGCCUUCAAAGAGAAAGAUGAAAAGCUGGAAGAGCAGAAAAUUGCCAAAUUGCCUAAGAUCCAGUUUGACUGGCGUGAUCCUCUGAAUCUGGAAAGUCAGCUGACUGAGGAAGAAAUUCUCAUUCGAGACACUUUCCGUCAGUAUUGCCAAUCAAAGCUGAUGCCAAGGAUUCUUCUGGCAAACCGAAAUGAAGUGUUUCAUCGUGAAAUCCUAUCGGAAAUGGGAGAGCUGGGCGUAUUGGGAUCGACCAUUAAAGGUUAUGGGUGUGCUGGUACCUCAUACGUAUCCUAUGGACUGAUUGCACGGGAAGUGGAGCGGGUGGAUAGCAGCUAUCGGUCAGUAAUGAGUGUCCAGUCCUCGCUGGUAAUGCAUCCAAUCGCAGCCUAUGGCACAGAAGCACAGAAGCUAAAAUACCUCCCGAAACUAGCCAAAGGAGAAUUGUUGGGCUGCUUCGGUCUAACAGAGCCAAACCAUGGAAGUGACCCUUCAAGCAUGGAGACCAAGGCGAGAUACAACAAAAGCAGUGACACUUACACACUAAAUGGAUCAAAGACCUGGAUUACUAACUCGCCAAUGGCUGAUAUCUGUGUGGUCUGGGCCAAGUGUGAUGAUGGGAAGGUGCGAGGAUUUAUUCUUGAGAAGGGGAUGAGGGGCUUGACAACACCAAAGAUUGAAGGGAAGUUCUCACUGCGAGCGUCUUUGACUGGGAUGAUUCUGAUGGAGGAUGUGGAGGUGCCAGCGGAAAAUCUGCUGCCUGGUGCAGUGGGCCUCUCGGGUCCUUUUGGGUGUUUGAACAAUGCUCGGUAUGGAAUUGCUUGGGGAGCCCUGGGAGCUGCAGAGUUUUGUUUGGAAACAGCCAGGCAGUAUGCAUUGGACAGGAUUCAAUUUGGGGUUCCCAUCGCUAGAAACCAACUCAUCCAGAAGAAAAUGGCAGACAUGUUGACAGAGAUCACACUGGGUCUUCAUGCCUGCAUCCAACUGGGUCGAUUAAAGGAGGAAGACAAGGCUGCUCCUGAAAUGAUCUCCAUGUUGAAGCGAAAUUCCUGCGGGAAAGCUCUGGAUAUUGCCAGGCAAGCACGUGACAUACUGGGUGGAAAUGGGAUUUGUGAUGAAUACCAUGUCAUUCGCCAUGUCAUGAAUCUGGAAUCUGUAAACACUUACGAAGGUACUCACGAUAUCCAUGCCCUAAUCCUUGGCAAAGCCAUCACAGGUCUGCAAUCUUUCACCGUACAGAAAUAGUCUGUUAUUUGGCUACAUGAUUUCGGUUACUCUGUUUUCAACCAAAUUCUACAUCAGCCCAUGGUAUGUCUGCUGUUUUGAAUAACUUGGCCUCUUCAAGUACAGAGGUAGCUCAGCUUUCAAAAAUCCUUCUUAUCCUAAUUGUAGAAUCCUACCACAGAAGGUAAACAUUUGGCUGCCUGAUUUUCGAUAGAGCUAUUUGAUUAAUCCUGCACUGUGCUCUUUCCCCAAAACUCUAAUUUUCUCCCUUUUGAGUGUUGUCCAAGUACCUUUUGGACAUUAUUACGGAUUUUGUUUUCACCACCAUUGAGUGCAUUCCAGAUCAUAACAUUGAAGAAGAAAAAUAACCUCUGAUUUCCCCAGUUCUUUUCCCAAUUAGUUUACAUUUUUAAAAAAUGUAUUUUGUAAAAUCUAACGGGAGCACAAAUAUGAGGAUUUGGGAUCAAGGAAUAACAUUCAAAAGGUAACUAUUAAGUUCAUAGUUUGUAUUUGUUCUUUGCUACAGCAAUUCAUAACUAAUUUCACUACCCAUUCUCUCCCUAUAACUUUAUAUCCUCCCCAUUUAACUUUAAGCACUUGGAGCAAGAGAGGAUAUAAUUUGAAACAAUUUUGUUCUUUAGUUCUGCUUUCGAAUUGAUAAUUCAGCACUUUAGGGUUGCCUGAAAAAAAAAUGUAAAUGGACAAUCUUCAAUGAAUCUUAUAUUUUCUAUUGGAGUUUUUUAAAAGGUUUUUUUCUUUUUGUCUUAUUCUUUACUUCAGUAUGGAGUUAGACCUCUUUAUUGAAACCAUUCACAUGUUUUAAGUUCACUUGUGCAGAAAAUCCAAUGCCUCUAUCUGAAUUUGAGUGAUCUGAGAAAGGAUUAACACUACGUUACACAAGCGCUGAAACAUUAAUUCAUUCAUCUGUGCCUUGGAUUUUUUUUUAAAAAACAGCUACAUGAACAGUAUGCCCUCAACCACACACUUUAAAUUAUGUUGACAAUUUGCUGCUUACCCUGGCCUAACGCCCUCUAACAAUGCACAUAUUUAUAAGAUGACAGGGUAAGUUUUUUUUAAUGCUUUUAUUAUUUGUAAUGAUGUUACUUUCCAAGUAGAAUUGGGAAGACAAGGACUCCCACCCUUUCCCUCUGCAUUUUGUCCCCAUCUAAUGAACCUAGAUUGCCAUUAGUUACUAUUCCUUGUAUAUGGAGUCCAUCAUCUUAUUCAUCGCUAAUGGUCUUGGAGUGUGUGGGGAAGAAAGAAAAUCACAAACCCAAAAAUUGUGAAACCCAGUUUAAAAAUUACAAAAUUCUCUCCUAUAAAUUAGGAGCACUUCCUAUAAAAGAUAUAGUCUGGUCUUCAGGGCUCAAAGACAGGUAUUUUGAACUAGACUGGCUCAAAAUACAAGAGUAGGUAUGUGACUAGAAGUUCUCUAACGUUGGGUUGAAUUGGUUAAAUUCCACAGAGCCUCCGGAGAGUUAUUUGAAUCUUAACUCUGUGGCUUUGAGUGGAGUGUGUCUCUACUGUCUCUCUCACUCUUGCAGAACACAUUUCAAGCAGGAACUGUGAGGAUUUCAGUGGCUUCCCUUGGAGACUCUCAAACAUAAUGUGUUUUGGGUUGUGGCAGUCUCUUGGUUGAUCAAAAGGAAGGAAAGUAUUUUUCUGACAUGUGAAACACUUUUUUUUCCAAAAAAGACUGCCUGAAUUAUUGCUAGCUGACAAGAUCUGUACCUUUUUGAGGAUUGACACUUUGAGAUCAGUGUACAAAACCAAAUAAUCCCUUCUCAGUGUGACACUCUGACCAACUUGUGCAAAGUUUCCUCUACAUUCAACUGCCAGAUACGGUGGAAACCUGAAAUUCUCAGGUGUAUAGAAGCUCGAAGGUUUUUUUUUGGUUCCUUUUUAUGGAACUGAGAUGCUUCUCCUUUUUGGCAAUUCCUAUCCCAUCUCCCGCUAAGAACGAAAGUUGACUGUGUUGAUGUUCAGCCUUACCCCACAUGUAUGACAUGCGAAUGGUAAAUGGUGCUGUAUCACCAUCUCCUUUUGAGAACUUGUCAAUGUUGGCACUUCAAAAAAAAUGCUUGUAAAGUUAGUGUUACGUUUAUAAGCAGUAAAAUAAGAACCUAAUAAAUAUGCAGUUUGCAGGUGUUUCUAAAGCAAAUGUCCCUUCUGUAAACCUUGUAAUGCAUGAACAGUUCAGAAUGUAUUCAAUAAGCCAUUGUCUACUGCUGAGACCUGGGUUACUUCAAUUGGAGUUCAGUUUUUUUUUGUUUCUCCCCGCUCCAAUUCUUAAUUUGUGAGAUCUGCAGAAGUGAAAAGUCAUGGUUCUCUUUGUAGACAUGGUUGUGUUCACUUUGUUGUUAGGACUCGAACAUAAUUCUUUCAUCCCUAAUGUCCCAGUCAUUUUUGCUCCUAAAAUAACCAACUUCAGUACUUUUCCUUGAGUUCACAAGCAAUGGGUGUAAUUUGAAGUUGGGUAUCUUGCCCGUGAAUAAGCAGCAGAGAUCGGACAUUCACGCGGACAUGUGGCUAGGGAUGGUGCUGUUCCUAUUGGUCAGGGGAAUGGGAGGAUGAGUGAGUGAAAGGUCCCAAGAGUACAAACCUGGAGAUUCUUUUCUGAUUCUGACUGCUGAUGUGUGAACUCCAUGAAGAUCAGCCUCCCAUCUACAACAACAUGGACACUGUACAGUGCCACAAAAGACCACUAUUCAAACGUCCUGCUGAAUAUUAAGCAGUAUGUGAAGGAAGAUAUUCUAAUCACUGCAGGUUAAUUGUGUUUAUUUUCUAAAUACUACACACUAUCGCCUUGUAUCUCACUGCUACUGCAAAUAAAUGGAUUUGUUUUAGCCAGUA